AGCAUAUAACGAUGCUUGUGAAUUGCUACAACUGGUAAUGCUACGUAGCAGUGGGGGCGACGACGAAAAACUAAAACUUCAAGAAAUCGUGAGUACAGUUGUUAAGACCUUUAAUCAGCCGCUAUAACUAGCUGGUUUUACUACCUGUCUAGGCUAACUACCAAAGCGUGACACAUACAUGAUUCGAGUCAAUGAACUCGAACGCCUUGAUUUCUCUGUUCAACAAGGCGACAGCAAAGCACUGCCCCAGAGACCCCUCAGCGAAGAAUCCUUUGGUGAUGUUUUUCAGCCAUUCGAUGAAGGUGAAAAGCCUUUCGAUUACAAUAUUAGUCGGCAAGAAGCACCACCUCUUAGUCAUGGCAUGGACUUCAAUCGGCAAAGGUUACUGGACCCCGGUAGAAUUCCUCCAAGGAGACAGUCACUGUUGCCCUCCCCUCUUGAUGAUAGGCCAUCACAUACAGUUGCGCCGCCGGGUACUACGAGUAGCACGAGUAACCAUGGCCAUUCUCACUCCAGCUCAUCCUGGCACAAGUCUUCCAACGAACAUUUCAAUGAGCUAGAUCGCUCUCUAGAUGGAGAUUUGCUAUUUUCAUUUCCCAACGAAGACUACGAAGACGGUUCACCAUAUCCAGAACAGCCCCAGUCAACACUAGUGACUGCAGCUCUGAAAGGUGCAGAGAAUGAGUCAACAUCCUGGCUCGACACUAUUGACGAGUCCGGUGCAUCUUCGCUUUCAUCUUCACACUCUCAAGCAUCCUCUUUGUAUCUACGGCGUAAAGACCAACCUUUCAGCGGUACAGAGGCUGAAUUCGAUGCUGCUCUCGAUGCAGCCGUUGAAGCUGCUUACGAUGAAGGGCUUGAACCUGUCGAUGAGCCGCCGGAUAACAGCCACCACGAUGAUAUAGUAUCAACUGCUCGCAGAAAUGUCGAAUUAGCGAAACAAAGGGUCAGAGAAGCUGAAUUAGAAGCCAAGGUUGCGAUGACAAAGGGCCGAGAGUUACGGAAAGCACAGCAACAGACCACGUUCGGGUACUCUACUGGCUCUGAUUUGGAAUACCUUGACGAGGAGGCUGAAGAAGAAGAGCGCUUAUUAGAAGAGAUGACGAAAGGCUAUGUCAUGGAUGAUUUCGAGUUUGAUUUACAAUCAAAAUCUGCUCUCCCUCGACAAUCAGAUUCAAGCGGACACUCUGGCACGACUUGGGGAAGCUCUGCUGCGUCACAUCCGGGGACAGGGCAUUUAUCCCCACUCGUUGAAGAUGAUCUUUUGCCAACAAAAGAGGCGGCAGAGAACCUCGAUGUAUUGCAUCAUGCCGCGGCGCCAUCGACAUCCAUGCAUACAGAAGAGGAUCCUCGGAUUAUCCCACCCUUGCCAAAGCAAGUCCCAACGCUUGGUCCAUCGCCUGGGCCAGGUGUGAGAGCACGAAGACUUUCUGGCCAGAAUUUGAAAGAACUAAAAAUCGAGACAAACAGUAACGUGAUGGCCAGCGCAACUAGUCGUCAACCUGAUCCUGUUUCAAUCAUAUCAGCGAGUCUGCCACAAAUGACACAGGCAGAUGCGCUGCAAAGCAACCUUCCAGCACCAAUGGCUAAUAGCACACUUUCUAAUCUGAAUAGACGAAAUCUUUCGAUAAGUUCUAUAUCUGAGGCUAACCUUUUGACCUCAACGGUCAUGAAGCCGUUACCGCCGGACGUUUGCGAUACCGAAUCUUCAACCCUACUAUCACCGGUCCGCCCCUUCGGAAAGGUGCCUUCGGCCCCAGAUAUCUUUGGUAAAGCUGUCUCAAACAUGAAGUCUUCUCGGUCAACAAGCAUAUCCAACCUUGAACCAUUCACUGAUUCCCCAACAACACCAUCAAGUAGCACGUUCCCUCCAUUGGAGAGUCAAACAGCCACAUUGGCUAGCCCGCCUCCUGUUCGACCUACCCCAACAGCUCUAACGUUUACGCCUAUUAGCCAGCCAACUGGUGGCCUGUACCUAUUUGACAGCAAUAUCCAUUCACCAACUAGUCCAGGGUCCCCUAACCCCUCGGUGUUGAAUGCCCCUCUUCCUCUAGAGCCUUGUCCUGAAUCGUUUAUGUUGCGCCCAUUCUGGCUUAUGAGAUGUAUUUAUCAGAGCAUUGCAAAUCCUCGGGGGGGCUAUUUGUCCAAGAAACUAUUUCUGCCCCGAGAUGUUUGGCAUGUGAAGAAUGUCAAAAUCAAGGCCGUUGAGGAGAAGGUGUUUAAUUGCGACCUGUUGACGGCUGCGCUUCUCAAGCUCGCUCUGGUCGAUACAUAUGAUGCAGAUGCAGUGUUAGAGGAGAUGCAACUGCUAGAGGCCGUGCUUGACCAAGUACAAACAUCGCUCUCGAAGAAAUUGGGUAGUGAGGUCGGUGUGCAGAGCGCCAUGCCGCUCUUCAAAACUGCAUCCACAACAGAAGACCCCGCUACGCCAUCGGAAUUGCUACCCUCGAAAUCCUCCGCCGGCCAGGGAAAGUCAUACCUAACAUCAUGGCGCAAGCUACGAUCCAAGAGCUCUGGACAUGGUACUACGGCACAGUUGGCGAGUGUGAACUAUGCUGGGAAAGACAAUCUCACACUUAACUCGCUUCCAAUGACUGCUACGCCUAGUGCCCAUCGUGUUAAACGAGAUGUAACAAACCUUCAGUUCAAUGGACCAAAUGCAAACUACAUGGGUGCCUUGGCUCGCCUCUGCGAUGCAGCUCAGGUUUUGGAUCAAAUCGCUCAGCAAGUGGAAGACCCUGGCUUGAAACAUUCCUCGGAAACACUUGUUGGACUCGAGCUCAGUACACGACACGCUGCCGAAUUUUUUGGCUUUUACAUUUGUCGUUUUGCCUUGGGUGACAUCAACUUGAUGCUUGAUAAGUUUAUCAAACGAGGCAGUGAAUGGGUUCUGAUAUGAAAGGUGUCUCUACGUCCCAUCUACCAAAGUCUUAUUUUAUUUUCAUUUUAUGGUUAUAUCCCAUUAGUUACCAUGUUCUCUUUUUUCUUGAAAGACUGCCCAUGCUUAAUGUUCUGAUGUACAACUGGAUCAUAUGGCUACUUUAUAUAGUUACUAGAUGCCAUGAAGGGUGACUUCAUCCUUUAUUAUGAUAUGGGCCUCUAUUAUGAUGUUAUUUGAUCAAAUGUCUAUUGAUAUAUAAAUGCAUACAUAUUUACUCACGUAAAUGAUUUCCUAGGUCAUACAUGCCUCAUCCAA